GCCAAGUAUUGCUUGCCCGCUGAACUGACAGAUUCGAGGGGUCAAUUGGCCAUAGAUAUUAUUAAUGAAGACGACAUACUUGUUGUUGAUCCAUAAUGCCGCCGAAAAGAUUGUCUCACAGUCUGACAAAUCGUCAAAGCAGGCGUUGCUACAGCACCAAGAGCACCCCUUAAAAUCCAGGAUUGGUCAUCGUCACCUGAUCUCCACACUAUUAAAUCACCGAAGAUAUCUACCCCCAAACGUGGUUGAUCCAUAAUUAACGCUGCAGCCUGUCCCGUUCGAAGGAUUGUCCCUCAGUCUGACAAAUCGUCAAAACUGUAAGCAGGUAUUGCUACAGCACCAAGAGAACGCCUUAAAUCCAAGGUGGUAAAUGGUCACCUGAUCUUCAUACUAUAAAAUGUCCCCAGAUAUCUUGGCCAACGUGGGUUGAUCGAAUCGUGGAGCUCUCGCACUAGCCAAACCUUGAAGCUCCUCAAUCGCCUUCGACCCCUCUUCCAGCCAGGAGCAAUGUCGCCAACACUAGUCAUUUCUCCGGGCUCCUUCGCCCCGGCCGCGCUCUACACUGAAUUUGUCGCUGUUCUCAAGAAGCAUGGGAUCGAGAGCGUUGUCGUAUCGUCGCCAUCGGUGGGCCGGCACGAGGGCAAGCCACCAGCGUCCAUGAUGGACGACGCCGACGAGAUUGUCCGGGUAGUGGGUGAGCUCCUGAAUGCUGGCAAAGAGGUUGUGUUGCUGGCCCACUCGUACGGCGGAAUCCCCGCCGCGCAGUCCAUGGAGCGCCUAUCGAUCAAGCAGCGGACAGCAGCCGGAAAGAAGGACGGCGUGGCGAAAAUGAUCUAUUUGACCGCCAUUGCGUUGCCCGUGGGUGCGUCAAGUAUGGACUCGUUCAACCCAAAGGAUGCGCCGCAUUUGAUGAAAACCGAUGGGGAAUAUAUGGAAGUUGUCCCGCAGGGCGUAGUGGACACAACUUUUAGCGACUUGCCACCGGAGGAAGGAUUGGAGUGGGCUAAAAAGAUGCCUUGUCAUUCGGUUAAGAGCUUCGAGGAAAAGCUGAAGUACCCGGGCUACAACGACGUCGAGAUGCACUACAUCCUGUGCGAGCUCGACGCGCUGAUCCCGCCGGUCGCCCAGGAGACCAUGGUGUCAAUGAUCAAGGAGAGUUCGGGCAAGGAAGUCAAGGUGCACAGGCUACCCGCUGGUCAUGUGCCGACCGUCAGCGCGCCCGAGAAGUUGGCUGAGUUGUUGAAGACGAUAGUCUAGUCAGAGGCAUAGAUUUGUUGAUAUCAAACCGUUGCUGUUUUUUUUUUUUUUUUUUUUUUUUUUUUUUUGUACUACUCUUUUUUUUUUUUUUUUUUUU